AUCGCAGUGGGAUGAUCCCGGUACAUCCACGAGACACAAACGCUCCUCCGGCAUUCACUUCAGAAACCAAUGAGCCGCAAUCCACACAGCUCCUGCUGGACAGUAAACGGAGAUUACCAGAGCUUUCACAUGUGGAUACGGAUCACGACACACGGACUCCAGGUAUAGAGGGAGAAGCACAGGACCUCUGUCUAUCAAACUCUGAAGUGCCCCGGUGCCAGCUGUAUAGGUCAACCCAACCGUAACAUCGCAGGACAAUAGGAGCCCAACCCGAAGACCUUUGACGGCUAUCAAAAAGCAAAUAACCAAGCUCAUUAGCUCUCUUCCCCCAAAACGACCUUCUCUGAAAAGACCAACAGAAGAGAGGAAGUUAAAGAGGACGAAACAAAGGGGGGAAAAAGACGGAGAAAAAAACGAACACUGGCAGCUAUUUCUGAUACUCUGUGGUGAAGGGAACAUCUCAUUUGGGAUUUGAGAUUUUGGAUUGCAGAAAAAGGUUUUCUUCAUGCCCUGCCCAUUUAUUGCAAUGCCUGUGUGAAUACUGCAUGGAGAUUUGUCCUUUUUCCAAAAGCGCCUAGUAAAGAGACUAAUUAUAGUGAAGCACAACAGCCAACUCUAUCGCUUAAAGAUUCUCAGAUUCUCAAAAUGCCUAAAAAUCUACAUUCAUAGGGGUCCUAUAAAUGGAUCAAAAUCAUUCUGAGACACGUCAGAUCUUGAAGAAGCAUUGAAACGGUACUUUCCCAGAGGGUUUCCUUCUCUUUGUAGGGCAAAGCGACUGCUUUGUCCUUUCUGUUUGGAUGCAUUUUUCCAGAACUCCAAAAUGAAGCCCUUAACUCCCAUUGGUUCACCUUCUCCACUGCGGCUCCUAAACAAGGGGCCCGAUUACCUUCGCAGGCAAAUGGAUGCCGGAAGCAGGGGUAGUUCAAUUAGUGCGGUAGAGCGGCUGGAAGCAGACAAGGCGAAGUACGUCAAGAGUCAACAGGUCAUAAACACCAAGCAGGAGCCCGUAUUAGUGCCCUGUGCAACCCCUCCACCGUUGCCUCGUCGAAACUUCACUGUGUCCACUCCUUCAACACCCGUUCUCCCACCUCGAAAUCAAAUGGCGUCUUUCUCCGCACCGCAGUUCUUGAGGGAUGAAAAUGAGGAUGACUCCAGGAAAGAGAACUGUCAGAAUGAAACUGAUGUGGAAACCAACAAUCGCAACAAUGCAAAUAAGCCUCCCGUACCUUCCCCAAGAACUCCAACCAUUGCUCCAUUAGUCGCCCCACAUAGUGCUCCGAUAAUGCGCAGGAGCAACGGCAAGCGCAUGCUGCGUCCGGACUCCCUAGUCAUUUACAGACAGAAGAAAGAGUGCAAGAGUCCCAACAGUGGUGGCGAAAACGGCAACACCAACAUGGAGGUCAAGGGCUACAGCUUCGUACGACGGCUCUUCCAGGGAUCCAUGCGUGAAAAGAGCAGCGGUACCGAGGCUCAUAAAAUGGUGAUAAAUGAGGAGAAGGCGUCUUCCUCUCGAGACGGGGAUUCGCGAAUGUCCUGGUCCAAUGAUAAAGACACUGUCGACGGAGGAAACGAGACCAGACGAUCGAGCAAAUCCGAGCGAGAGCACUCAAUGCCGGAGACUCAAAACAACACUGGUGUUCAGAAGCAAUCUAAGAACGGCAUGAUCAACAGUUUACGAAACAGCAUUGGGAACUCCAACAAUAAUGACAUGGAUCCAUGGAAGCCCGUCGUUCCAAGGAUGCGGGCCGAUUUGAAACGCUCCAAGUCAGAAUUGCGACUACGCUGCUCGCUAGCCAUGUCCGAGCAGGAGCGCUUCUUCGACUACUGCGGAUUGGACUUUGAUAUGGUGGAGAGGCUCGGACCGGAGAACUUUCUAAAAGGGGCAAGUUCAGUCGACACACUCUCGCUGCUACUGAGGAGCGUCGGAGGCGGCGGCUCAGAGCCCAGUGAGUUUUCCCGACACUCCGGGGAAGGGAUUUUCCAGGAGGAACUGGCCGAGCAGAUCUCCACAGGUGUCUCGAUUAUCGAGAGAAAUGCACGUGUCAUAAAGUGGCUCUACGGUUGCAGAAACGCAGUCCAGGAGGGUCCAAAAGAGUCUACUGUUUGAUUAUCACGGUGACUAAACUGAAGACUUUUCGGAGCCGUGUUCCAAAACGGAAAACUAUGCUGUAUUUAUUUCAUGUGGGACAUUUGUAUUUAAGAGAUUUGUCUGGCUUUUCACAGCCAGUUUGAGAACAUUCAUGUUACACAUAAAGCUGCAAACCGACACUUGUCAUGACCUACACUGUGGUUGUGUCUGAAAUCGCCCCCUUAUACCCUCAUUCACUAUUCCACACAUUAGUAUACUAAUAAAGUAUAUUGAAUGAAAACAAGUGAGCGAAUUUUCCUGUGGACGCCAACUUUUGGGAGACUCUCACGCUCACAUUGCAUGGCUAGAAAAUAGUUUGGUUGUACACUUAUUAUUGCAGUGCAUUGUGGGAUUGAAUGAGUGCACUCAAUUAUGUCCAUUUCUGAUAUUUUAGAGCACUGUGUAAGGGUAUAGGGGCGAUAGUGAUGUCAUCUCUUGUUCUAUGUAUAUAGAAAGACAUGAGUCCGUCCUGUUACUUCUGUUCAGAAACAAUUAUUUGUUGAGCGUAACUUAAAGAACAUGUCAUCUGAUGAAUAAUUUAACAUUGAAAACCACUAAGCUUUUCUCUGGGGCUGGAAAACCCAAUGCAUGAGUGUUAAAUGAACCAUGUGUACCUCAUUUCCCAACUGUCCCAGUUUAGUUUCUGUGUUGCCUUUUUUCCUUAAACGCAGGCGUUGGAACAAACACACAGAGCACCCCUGUGGGGAUAUUAAUGCACUGAUUUGGAGAAAAAGAGACGGAGCGAGAGCUAUAUAUACUGAUAUGAAACGUAUUUUUAACAAUGAGUGUAUGCAAAUAAAUAUGCAGGGCCUUAAAGACAACCUGAUUUUGAGUUUCAUUAACUUGUUUCAAAGAAAUGUGCUGCGUACUAAUGUACAUUAUUUUCCAAACCCUAUUGCGCUGCUUAGAGAAUCAUGCUUAAUAAAUACUGGGUGAAAUGGCAUUUUUUAAUCGAUAUUUUCAAGUACAGAACACAAUAUAUUUAUAUAUUUAGAUUAGAUUUGUUUUUUUUUCCUGUUCUCAUCCCAAUGCAAUUGCCUUAUUUGGGAAGGAUGCAUGUUGUGCUAAUUAGAUUUUUUGCCAAAAGCAUUGUCAUUUUGCUCUAAACAGCAAGGUCUCUCCAAAUAUUCAUUAUUAAGGGGGACCAAAGGUAAAAUUUUAAGAAUCAGACAUUAAAAAACCAGCAAUCUCUAGGGAAGCAGCACACUAGGGUUUGGAACGGCCAUUAUUUUGGUCUUUCAUUGAGAACUAAAUCAUGUAAAUUGCUCAAUUUCAUUCCCAUCUUUGGUAAAUAUUGGUGUUACUUUGAUUACUGUGAUGAUAAAUCAUGGUUGGUUGCACAUUUGACUCAAGGAAAAGCAUAUUUUCGAUGCAAAUGACCGUUCCUUUUGCAAGCAUUCUUCAGUGUGCACUUGGUCAUACUGCUUUUAACUCAUGAAUGUUCAGUGUUUAGCAAAGCAGAGGAAGACAUAACAGCAAGAGAUCUGAUGGACGGACUCUCACUCCCAGUGUGGGAGAUGCUGAUGUGUUCUCAUAUUGACGGAGACCUUUGAACACGCUAACAUCAAUCAGACACUGAUUCUCCUUUGUGGUAAUGAAUCAGUCUCUAUGAUACCACUGAUAAAUGAAGCAAAGGUCCACUGCGGCAUGCACAGGUCAGACUGCGGCCUGCAGAGAAAGAACGGUGAUCUUUCCUUUCAGAAUUCCUAAACUUUUUCAUCCCCAACGUCCAAGAUGCAUUCAGUCUUCCCGAGCACCCGAAAUCUCUCUCUUGCAUGUUUACACUCCAUGUAAGUUUGUAUAUGUUUCUAUAAAGAAGAAUUUAGAUUUCAACCCAAAGAGAUAUUACAGAUUAAAUCCAAAUAAAGUCCUAUUUCUGAA